AUGAACGCCACCCGCGGGCUGCUCCUGCUGCCCGACCCCUUCGCCAACGGCACGGGGCCGGGGAAUGAGACGGACGCGCAGGUGAACCGCAGCAGCCCCGGUCUCUGCGAGCAGGUCCUGAUCAAGGCGGAGGUCUUCCUCACCCUGGGCAUCAUCAGCCUGCUGGAGAACAUCCUGGUCAUCCUGGCCAUCAUCAAGAACAAGAACCUGCACUCGCCCAUGUACUUCUUCUUGUGCAGCCUGGCCGCCGCCGACAUGCUGGUGAGCGUGUCCAACUCCCUGGAGACCAUCGUCAUCGCCAUCCUCAACAACCGCUACCUGGUGGUGAGCGACCGCUUCAUCCAGAUCAUGGACAACAUCUUCGACUCCAUGAUCUGCAUCUCGCUGGUGGCAUCCAUCUGCAACCUGCUGGUCAUCGCCAUCGACCGCUACAUCACCAUCUUCUACGCCCUGCGCUACCACAGCAUCGUCACCGUCCGCAAGGCUCUCCUGGCCAUCGCCGUCAUCUGGCUGGCCUGCAUAAUCUGCGGCAUCAUCUUCAUCGUCUACUCGGAGAGCAAGACCGUCAUCGUCUGCCUCAUCACCAUGUUCUUCACCAUGCUGGUCCUCAUGGCCACCCUCUACAUCCACAUGUUCCUGCUGGCCCGGCUGCACGUGAAGCGUAUCGCCGCGCUGCCCGCCGAGGGCGUGGUCCAGCAGCGCACCUGCAUGAAGGGCGCCAUCACCAUCACCAUCCUGCUGGGGGUCUUCAUCUGCUGCUGGGCACCCUUCUUCCUCCACCUCAUCCUCAUCAUCGCCUGCCCCAAGAAUCCCUACUGCGUCUGCUACAUGUCUCACUUCACCACCUACCUGGUGCUGAUCAUGUGCAACUCGGUCAUCGACCCCCUCAUCUACGCCUUCCGGAGCCUGGAGAUGCGCAAGACCUUCAAAGAGAUCAUAUGUUGUUUCGGCAUGAGCUGCAGCUUCCGCUACAAAUACUGA